AUUGAGCCAUAGCAGUUAAAGUGGUAUCAAACUGGAUUAUUUCUGCAGUGCACAUGCAGCCUUUUUGAGGUUUUGGGGCAGUAUUGUAUAUUCAUGUUAACAAAACCCCAAGUUCUCCCAUGAUUCCACAGAACUGGGCCAUAGCAGUUAAAGCGAUAACAAACUGCAUCAUUUCUGCAGUGCAGAUGCAACUUCUAUCCUACAAAAAUUCACAAAGUGGGGUAUGUCCUGGAUGUGGUGGAACAAUCCAGUGGGGCGGUGAGGGUCAGAGGAGGUACCAGAGGGGCAGUGAGUGGCAAAGGGGGAUGGCAGUUAAAGUAUUGGUGCACAAGAAAGACAAGGGGAACCAACAGCCUUGAGGACCAUGCUGGAGGAGAUGGUGGUGCCAACACUGGACAUGCCUGCUCAGCCUAUGGGAAUGGUUGCUGAUGUAGUCUUCGUCAUUGAGGGUACUGCCAACCUUGGGCCCUACUUUGAGUCAUUGCGGAAGCACUACCUUCUUCCUGCCAUUGAGUAUUUUAAUGGUGGUCCCCCAGCUGAAACAGACUUUGGAGGAGAUUAUGGAGGUACCCAGUACAGCCUGGUGGUAUUCAACACAGUGGAUUGCGCACCUGAGUCAUAUGUUCAAUGCCAUGCACCAACCAGCAGUGCUUAUGAAUUUGUCACAUGGCUUGACAGCAUUCAGUUUGUGGGUGGAGGCGGUGAGAGCUGCAGUCUCAUCUCGGAAGGGCUCAGCACUGCCCUGCAACUCUUCGAUGACUUCAAGAAGAUGAGAGAACAAAUAGGCCCAACACAUAAAGUCUGCAUCCUUAUCUGUAACUCCCCGCCCUAUCUGCUUCCUGCAGUGGAGAGUACCACAUACUCUGGCUAUACAACAGAGAACCUGGUGCAGAAAAUUGGCGAGCGUGGGAUCCACUUUUCCAUUAUCUCCCCACGGAAGCUGCCAGCUCUGCGUGCUCUGUUUGAGAAGGCUGUGACAGGAGGUAUGUUAGAGGCCCAGCUCAAAGACUACAGCCAGGACCCUCGGCAUAUGAUCCUCAUCCGUGGCAUGGUCCUCCCAGUAGGAGGAGGAACUACUCCCAAUACUCUGCAGCCCAAACAGGCUGUUCCCCAGCCCCAGCUUCCCCCUGUGCCAGCACAGCUCCCUGCUGCCCCACCACAAGCUAUGCCAGCAGUUUCUCAGCCAUACCAGGUGGCAUCAUCCACAACUCUAACUGCUGCCCAGGCAGCUGCUCAGUCUGCUGUGGAAGCCGCCAAGAACCAGAAAGCCCAAGGCACCCGCUUCACCCCCAUGAACCCCAUGCAGCCAGCCUUCAAUCAAGCUCCCACACAGACACUCCCAGCAGGUUCAGUCCCAGCUUUGCCUCAAAAACUCCCUGCCACUUCUCCAUCCAGCCUCGUCUCCACAGUAACCACAGGCUCUGGCCUUCUUGUUCAGCCACCCGUUCAAGCCCCUCCGCAGUCUGGUGCUUCAACCAUGCCCAGCGGUGUUCCCCCCAGCAGCAUGGCAGUGACUCAGCCGGCACAGCCACAGAUCGGAGCAACGCAGCAGUCAGUUACCAACAAGGUGAUGGCGUGGAGUGGUGUGUUGGAAUGGCAGGAGAAGCCCAAGCCAGCUUCUGUGGAUUCCAACACCAAGCUAACGCGUUCCCUGCCCUGCCAAGUAUACGUCAAUCAAGGAGAAAACUUGAAGGCUGAGCAGUGGCCCCAGAAACUCAUUAUGCAGCUGAUCCCGCAGCAGCUCUUGACAACACUGGGCCACCUGUUCCGAAACUCACGCAUGGUUCAAUUCCACUUCACCAACAAGGACCUGGAAUCAUUAAAAGGGCUCUACCGGAUCAUGGGCAAUGGAUUUCAGGCGGGCUGUGUUCACUUCCCUCACACUACUCCCUGUGAGGUGCGGGUGCUGAUGCUACUGUAUUCCUCCAAGAAGAAAAUCUUCAUGGGACUCAUUCCCUAUGAUCAGAGCGGUUUCGUCAAUGGCAUUCGGCAGGUCAUCACCAAUCACAAGCAAGUUCAACAACAAAAGCAAAUGGGGGGCUCCCAGCCCCUGGGGUCAACGCCUAACACACAGCCCUUCCUGGCAAAACAGCCUGGCACUUUACCAGUGACACAGGGAGUCCAGCAACAGAUGGGAGGGCAACAGGUGAGCCCUGGUAUGCCUCAGGUGGGGAUUAUGGAAGAGCAGCAGCGGCAGCAAGGCCUGUUGCAGCUCCGAGUGCAGCAACCUCAGCCAACAGCUCCACCCACUAGCCAGCCCCCACAAGCACCAGUCCCUCCACAGUCUGGGCCACAGACUACUCAAGGGGGUGCCAUGCUUAGACCCCAAAACCCAGGCGCCAAUCCUCAGCUCCGAAGCCUCCUCCUCAGCCAACAGCCGCCCCAAGCCGGAGUUCCUCAGUCCCAGCAGCCCCUCCACCACCUCCAGCAGGGCUCUCCAGGAAUGUUACCACACCAACCCAUGGGGCAGGCUCUGGGUCAUCAGCCUCCAGGACAACAGCAGCUCCAACUCCCUGGACAGCCUCUUAUGCACCAAGCCCCCGGACAACAGUGGCCAGCCCAGAUGGCACCACGGGCACCAUUGCAAGGUCAGAUGCUGAUGAACCCAGGUCCCCGGGGGCCUGUACCCCAGCCAGGCCUGCAGCAAGUUCCAGCCCCCAGCAUCAUGGAGGAUGACAUUCUCAGGGACCUCAUCUGACAGUGGACAAAGACCUUUCUCCAGUGUCAUUUAGUGCUGAGAUGGUUCCUAUACUGGAGAUAUGCUUCCCUUCUGGAGAAUAUUAUUGAUUUUUUCUCUGUUGUGUAUAAUAUUUUUUCCUACAUGUUAAAAAAAUGUUAUCUGCA